AUGAGCGGCCUCAAAGAGCUAGCAAAAGGGGGGUGGCAUCCAAAAAGUAAAGGGAGCGGGAAAGAGAGCUGGCGCGGUGACUUCAAGGGUGUGAACACGGUCGCAGGAUGGGUGGGCAAAGGCAAGAAUCCAGAGGAGGAGGCCCAUAGACACCAAUCGGCGCCUCUAUCAACCCUCAAAGACCCUGCUUCGUUUGGCCCUCCGCCGAAGCACAUUAAUUACCACGGAGCCGCAGCAUCGCCGAACUCGACAAUGUCAGACCGCCAAGAGCUUGGGGAGCCGCUGUCGCAAGAAGAAACUGCAGCAAAGCAAAGAGUGCAAGAGGCACGCGAAGCAAAAGCAAAGAUAGAGGAGGUAGCGAACAAGCCAACCCCGGGUCCCUACAGAGCAAACACGACAGGCCUUAACACCACCCACGUACCCAAACCGCCUACUCGUCGAUUAUCACCUCCUCCCACCGUAGACCUGACGGUGAAGCUGAAGCCCAAACUCCCGCCUAGAUUACCUCCUCGACAAAAUUCUCAUCCCGAUGGGUACACUCAAGCGCCUCCACCUCCCUACAGUGAGAGCACACAAGGUGACUCGUCUACACCAGGCCACCUGAAUCAGGGGCCGUUGGAGCGGUUAGGACAAGCUGGAAUCUCUGUACCUGGCUUCAACAUUGGCCGUACCGCGUCGCCGCCUGUACCACCUCGUCAGAACUCGUCGCCUCUGCACGCACCUCCUUCUCCUGCAGCAAAUGCGAACCGCGGGCCACAGUUAAGUGAACUACAAUCCCGGUUUGCAAAGCUGUCGACGUCGUCAUCGCAAGGUCAGGCGCCCACUACUGGAACGUCUUUAGCAGAUAAGCAGACUGCAUUCAAAACUGCGCGCAAUCUUCGCAAUGACCCCUCGAAAGUGUCACUCUCGGACAUGAAAAGUGCUGCAACUACAGCCAGCAACUUCCGUGAGAGGCAUGGGGAGCAAGCCACAGCAGGCUGGCGAACUGCGAGCAGUUUGAACCAGAAGUAUGGAAUUGCAGACAGGAUGAACAGCCCUACUACCACCAACGCUCCCCCUUCAACCCCGCCUCUCCCGCAAUCUCCUACCCGGUGGGGAAAGAAACCUCCCCCUCCGCCGCCACCGAAGAAGAGGGAGCUGGUGCCAAACUCUAGUGAGCCGCCACCAGUGCCCCUGGGAAGUAAACCCAAGUUUUGAAUGCCGUUGUUGCGAUUCCUUGCUAGUAUACCCUGUGUCAUGCUCAAAGCUGUAUUCAUGUACAUAUCAUUGGACAUAAAAGCUAUGACUCCCCAACACGUUGAGAAGACAAGGCAGCCAGUAGUGAGCUGCUUCGUGUGAGGUGACGCGAUGCUCGUGUAACUACCACAAGUGCAGGCGCCGUCAUCUCGUACACUUUCAUAUAGAUUCGAGAAAGCGUCAGAUUUGAUUCAGAAAAGAGCAACUCUUAAGACUCCAGAUGCAGCCCCAGGGCACGAUGCACUCAUUUGGUGUUGAGGGGCGGCUCUAGCAGGCACGUGCCCGCGUCAUACCGAGGCUUGUUCCGACCUCGGGUCCAACUAUUUUUCCGAUGCCAAGAAAAUUUCUAAACUUUUGUUGCCUUCACUGUCCUGCUCAAACGAGUGUUUC